UUUCAGUGCGUUGACUAAACGCCACGUAGGUUUGAGUGUGAACAGGAUCUGCUGAUCUUUACGGCAUCGACGACUGAUAAAAAGCAAUAUUUAACAUCUGUUUUGGUACAUAUAACGUUAUCAGAUUGUAGGUGGAAUGUGGUCCUUUCGCACACUUUGGUUACAGAGUUUGGUCAUUGCUAUGAUCUUCGUGGGCCAGCAAGCAUAUGUUUACUCCCAUGAACAUGCACAUGGUCAACAUCAUCAUGGACACUCCCACGGUGAAGGUGGUUGCCACGGACACUCGCACGGUGGGGUAAAGAUGCACCACGGAGCGAGCAAAUGGAGCGCUGAAGCUAAUCUGCCUUUUGCCGAAGAGGAGCACCAUGGGCACGAUCACGGUCAUGAACACGGCCACGAUCACGGUCAUGAACAUGGCCACGAACACGGUCAUGAACAUGGUCACGAACAUGGCCAUGGCCACAAACACGGUCAUGAACAUGGUCACAAACAUGGCCACGGACACGAACAUGGACACGGCCACGAUCACAGUGCAGAGCGUGUAAAAAGAGAAGCAGAGGGAGGAAAACGCGACCUGGUCGAACUCUGGAUGCAGGCAGUUGGAGCGACUUUGUUGAUCAGUGCAGCACCCUUCCUAAUCCUCUUCCUCAUCCCAGUGGAAUCCAACACUGAUCAGCACCAGAACCUCCUUAAAGUGCUCUUGAGCUUUGCAUCUGGAGGUUUGCUGGGUGAUGCCUUCCUUCAUCUCAUCCCUCAUGCUCUAGAACCUCAUUCUCACCACGGCGAAUCACACGGCGCCGAGGAGUCACAUGGUCACUCACAAGACAGUGGGGAGUCACAUGGUCAUUCCCAUGGUGCUGCCCAUGGUCACAUGAUGUCUGUGGGUUUGUGGGUACUAGGCGGCAUUGUUGCAUUUCUCGUGGUUGAGAAAUUUGUUCGUCUUUUGAAGGGAGGACAUUCUCACUCUCACUCUCAUGCUCCUUCAAAAGCAAAAGACAGUGAUGGAAAAGAGAUUAAGACAGAUGAGAAGACGGGCACAAAGGUUCGCUCUAAUAAGAAGACAGAAAAGACUUCUGAUAUUAAAGUGUCUGGCUAUCUGAACCUGGCCGCAGAUUUUACGCACAAUUUUACAGACGGUCUUGCAAUUGGUGCGUCAUUUCUGGUCAACCCGGCGGUUGGUGCCGUGACCACAAUCACCAUCCUUCUACAUGAGGUUCCACAUGAGAUCGGAGACUUCGCUAUUCUCGUCCAAUCAGGAUGCACCAAAAGAAAGGCCAUGUGUCUGCAGCUUCUCACUGCUAUUGGUGCAUUAGCUGGAACAGCCUGCUCUUUAUUGGCUGAAGGGGUGGGUGCGGCGGCCACGGCUUGGAUUCUUCCCUUCACGGCCGGAGGCUUCAUUUAUAUCGCCACCGUCACGGUUCUGCCCGAGUUGCUGGUCGGACGCUCUAGCUUCUGCCAGUCCAUGCUGGAGAUUACAGCCCUGCUGUUUGGAGUGGGAAUGAUGGUGCUGAUCGCAGAGUAUGAGUGAAAGGAGGAGAAGAGUAUAGAGACAGGGAUCUGAGCUUUUAAAGACAGUGAAGUAGAAGAUUGUUUUUGAGCGAAUGUUACUGUUGAACGCAGAGAAAAACAUCUGUGACUGACUGACUGACAAAGUCACUGUAUGAAUGAAAGUAAAAAAAAUCACUAUUUUACCCAGAGACCAAAACGAGUGGGCCACUUAGUAAUUUUAAAUGAAAGGACCGAAUGUUACCCUGGGACCAGCAGCUGUAAAAUCUGACCCAGUCUUUUCUGCUGGUACAGGUUAUGACAGGUAGAGAAUUUGGGGGUUAUCAUUACAGCAAUGACCAUUUUGUUCCCAUGAUGCAUCAUUUUUCUUUGUAGCUGUGCACUUAAAUAAACUAUUUGUGCUUGAUCAUCAAUAGAUUGUUUAAUAAGAAUUCAUUUAACUGUUUGAUAUAAGGUGAGUUGAUUGAGGGUGGCAGGGUGUGCGUCCUAUCCUGUUCAGCUCCAGCCCUCAUUAAACACAAACGUCAACCGGCUAAUCGAAGAAAUUCAAGUGAAAUCUUCACAGUUGUUCAUUGUUUCAAAGCAGCUUUACAUGAAAUAGAAACAAAGAAAAUGCAGAAAAGCAAAGACCAACAAAAGCAUUGCAGAUUUUCAAUAUAAUCAAACCAAGCUUCGCCAGGACUCAUCUGACACAUUACAGCUGCAAUCAGGCUGAUGUUACAGUAAUAUAUUAUACAAUAUACUGUAUGCUCAAUAUAAUUUUAUACUUGAAUACUUCAUCUCCUCUUGUGAAACAGUUAAGCUCUGUUAAUUCAAGCCUACAGUGAAAUGCAUAAGAGUCAUGUUGAUAGUUUGUCUUUGGUCAGAGCAGUUCAGAUCUUUCUCACUGUUCAGUUCCUCUUGCGUCUUAUGGUGGUGAUUUACUUAAUUGUCUCUCCUACUUAAAUAUGUUACACAAAAAAACACUCCAAACUACAUUCACGUGAUCACUGCUGAUGCUGGAAACAUGAUUGUUUACUUUUUUGAUAAUAAAUAAAAAACUUAAUUACAACCAUAAUCAUUUCUGUAAAGUUUUGAAUUUGUAUAAAGCAAUAUUUACCUUUAAUGUUAAUGCUUUAUCUCAGGUGUGUAUGUGCUUUAUGUACCUUUAAACUUGUGUGAGUUUAUUCAAAUAAAUAAACAACAGCAGCAAAUAGCAGACAACUGUUUUAGUACAGCAAGACAGGCGAGAAGAAUUUUUGUAUGUGACAAAUUUUAUGGGAACAUGGUAAAUGAUGUAGUUGGGUCGUUUUAUGAUUGGUUGGUUUUGUUCCAGUCAUUCAACAGCAGAAUGAUUUUUAGAACAGCAAAAGAAAAAACAUGUCAUACGAGCUCUUAAUCUUUUAUAAAGUUGUGUUAAAAAAGAUCUGUACAUCUGUAACCUGAUAAACCACUUUUAUUAGUAGUAGUAAUAAUUUCUGCAUUGGAAAUUAUUUACUUACAGUGUAAUAGAAAACAAUAGAGCCAUUGGUUGUGAUAUCCACACUACUUGUUCUAAGUUAUAGACUCAUUAAUUGAAAGUGGGGUUAUCCAAAUAAAAGCAGUGUGAAGUUUAA